UCUCUUCCUUAACCAGCUAGCUAGUACUAUUCCUAUUCUCCAUGGCCGGAAAAAGAAGCCAAACGAGCCCGGUAGGAAGCCCAUCGUACGGGAACAUCUCCGACAAAGAUCAAGACCGCUUCCUCCCCAUCGCCAACGUGAGCCGGAUCAUGAAGAAGUCCCUCCCCACGAAUGCAAAAAUAUCGAAAGAAGCCAAGGAGAGCGUCCAAGAAUGUGUGUCUGAGUUCAUAAGCUUCAUCACCGGCGAGGCAUCGGAUAAGUGUCAAAGAGAAAAGAGAAAGACCAUCAAUGGUGAUGAUCUUUUGUGGGCUAUGACAACACUAGGGUUUGAUAAUUAUAUUGGACCCUUGAAAGUUUAUCUCAACAAGUAUAGGGAGAGUGAGGGAGACAAGAUCAACUCCACAGCUGGACAAGAAGAUCUGCAGUCACCUACUAAAGAUAUUAUUGGCGCCAAUAUUCAUGGUGUUGGUGAAGAUGGGUACUAUUCUUUUGGAGAUCACCGUGGAAGGGUCAUUGGCUAUGGAGAGAAUAUGGUGGCUAAUACUUUUAAUAUGGGCAAGAUCCAAGAAAUAGGAGAUGGUGAUGGAUCAUAGGCUAAUAGGCAUGUGGCAACUCAUCUUCAUCAUGGGUUUCAGUGGUAGAGUACUUUGUUGCGUUGAACAUAAUUCCUUGAUCCAACAUAUUUGAUUAGUCAUUCACUCAACUCCUCAGUCUAAGUAGCACUCGCGGGUCUUGAA